UGCAAGGACCCAGGGAUGAAUUUUGUGCAGUUCAUAUUUAAUAUUCUCCCUUUGAAUUUAGGCAGAUUAAUUCACUAACAUAUCCAUAGUCAUAAUAUUUUUAACUAACGUGAAAUAAUCUAAAAUAAUAUGAUCCGAAAAAGAAACUAAACCAAAAGAAAAGAAGAAAGGGUCAAAGUUCAACAUAGCCAUCGCAUGCCCUGCGUUCGACGAUAAUGGCUAAACAUCAUCCAGAUUUGAUUUUUUGUAGAAAACAAGCCGGUGUCGCUAUUGGAAGAUUGUGCGAGAAAUGCGAUGGAAAGUGUGUGAUCUGUGAUUCGUAUGUGAGGCCGUGCACUCUGGUGCGCAUCUGUGACGAAUGCAACUACGGGUCGUACCAGGGGCGCUGUGUCAUCUGUGGAGGCCCCGGGGUGUCUGACGCUUACUACUGCAAGGAGUGCACCAUCCAGGAGAAAGAUAUAGCGCAACGAUUCUGUCGGUUGAGGGAUGAGCAUCGCAUAGGAGUGACACCACCUGUCAGAAGACAAUGGUAUACCAUAAAUAUUAGAGGAAAGGAGAAAGCAUUUUCCCAUGGAAGGAAAUGAUAAAGAUGCCUGUCUGUCAAGUGGUCAUGCUUUCUAAUAGUGUUGCACAGGUAUACCGGUACCAAAACGUCAUGAUACCAACAUUUUAGAAUACCCUAAUACCGUUUAAUAUGAUACUAGAGACUUUUUCUGCCAGACCGAUCUAAACAACCUGCUGGCUCCUGUUAUACAGUGUUUUAUAAAGUCAGUUGAAUUUAAACAACAGCCACGAGUCUAUUGUAUGCAGGUUCAAUAAUAUCCACUUCACUUUCAUUCACAUAUCAGAUGUGGCAGCUGUAAUCAGCUAGCCGCAUCCCUACCAGCCCUCACUCAUCUGUUUCUCCCCGUCCGCUCUUCACACACAGCUAUUCCUCUGUCUUUUUUUAUUUUUUAUUUUUUCAAAUAUUAUUUAUUUGCGAUGGCUAGUGGGGAUGCAGACCCUGAUGAGUCUUCUGUUAUUAGAUAUGUACAUUUUGUUCGAUUGGAGCAGCGUGCAAUGUUGAUACAUUGUAUAAUUUCAUUGCCCAAGUCUAAGACACUGCAUCUCAGUGCUAGAGGUGUACCUACAGCCAACUUGGUUCGAAUCCAGACUGUAUCACAACCGGCUGUGAUUGGAUGCCAUAGGGCGGCGCACAUUUGGCCCAGCGUCGUCCGUCAUUGUAAAUAAGAAUUUGUUCUUAACUGACUUGCCUAGUUAAAUAAAAUGUUUUCACCCCUCUACCAAUAACUGCCCUUUGAGGGAUUGGAAAAUGUCCCUGGUCUUGGUGAUUUAAUGUAUUUUUGAAAUUCACUGCUGGACUGAGGGACCUUACAGAUCAUUGUGUGUGUGGGGGGGGUACAGAGAUGAGGUAGUCAUUAAAAAAUCAUGUAACUAUUAUUGCAGUGUGAGUCCAUGCAACUUAUGGGAUUUGUUAAGUACAUUUUUACUCCUGAACUUGUGUAGGCUUGCCAUGACAGAGGUUCAAUACUUAUUGACUCAAGACAAUUCAGCUUUAUUUUUUUAUUAAUUUGUAAACAUAAAAAACUAACAAUUCCACUUUGACAGUAUGGGGUAUUGAGUGUUGGCCAGUGAUGACAAUCUCAAUUUCACUAAAUGUUUAAUUCAGGCUGUAAUGCAACAAAAUGUGGAAAAAGUCAAGGGGUGUGAACACUUUCUGAAGUCACUGUACUUGUUCGCCUUGUCAUAAAAUCUUCCCAAUAUGUACUACCCGUUAAGCUCAUUUUAUUCACACUAUAUGAGGUGUCUAGGUUUCAAUACCGCCACUCUGGUUUAUACCUGCACUAACUCUUUGCUACUCUCUCUACACUUCUUGGUUUGACCCUACAGAGAGACGGAUGCCCCAAGAUUGUGAACCUGGGCAGCUCAAAAAC